CAUCCACAAAACCCUAUUUCCAAAUGAAAUUCCAAAUCCCAGAUGUUUCAAUAUCUCAAUUUUCAAAUCCAAGCUCAGCGAUCAGCUUCACCCUACAAAUUGGCCGAUCGGUUCACUACAGGCCCCAUUUUGUGAAUUCUACACAAGAUUGUUUUUCUGUGUGUAUAUGUUGUUAAGAGAUUUGUGUAUCAAAGGGAGUGUUGAUUGCUCAUUCUUUCUUCUCCAUACGUCUAUACUUUUCUUGUGAUGAAUAAUACGUAUAUAAGCUGAAUUUAGGAAUAGAGGGAAAAGGACUGCAUUAAACAAUAUUUUGAUUUUUGGUAACAAGGAGCUGUUAUUUACUGGAAAUUUUGCAUCUAUAUAUUUGAUGAGUGCCAAUUGUUGGUGUGAUAUAGUUUGUGGUUUCAGCUGGUGUAAGAAGAAGCUGGUAUUAAGUACCAUUUUCAAAUAGACAGUCACUGGGGUUUUUUACUGUUGGUGUUUAGCUUGCAAAGUUGGGGGAGCGUGCAGGGUUAGGGUGUUGAGAUAUCAUUCCAAUGCAGAUAAAUAGGUCUAAUGAUUUAGCUGUAGCCAUGAGUGGUGGGGCAACUCCUCCUUCUGGUCAAUGGAUCCAACAAGAAUCAUUGCAACCUGUUAGCCUGAGUGAUGCUUUAUAUCUUAACAAUAAUGUAAAUAAUAAUAAUAAUAUAUGUGCACAGAUGGGCAAGGUGUUUCCUACAGAAUUCCUUCAGGAUUUUUCCUCUUCAUGUGUAGUUCCUCCUGCUGUGAUUGGGGUUUCUCAGAAACUUGAUGAGAGUGUUAAACCUCAUAGUAACCAGAACAAGCAUAUGGGCUCUGAGGAGCUCGGAAGAGUUCUUGGGCUCACACAAAUGGACUCCGAAUGUGGUUCUGGCACAUCUGAAUAUCUUUCUGCAAGAGGAUCUAUGACUGAGCUUGAUAAUGCACUUUGUGUGAAGAAUCAGCAUGGGUAUCAGAAAAGUGAUGGUUCUUGUGAGCAUGCGCCUUGGAAAGCUAAUCCUGAGUUAUGCUAUGAUCAAGCUACUAAAAUGCAAUUUACCCCCAAAAUAGCUAUGUCAGAACCAGGUGCUCCAACCUUGACAGAAUCUGAAUCCUUCCAGUCAUUGCAAUGUAUGGGAUUAGGAUCUUCUGACUCUUCUCAAACAGGAAAAGUUAAGUUUCUCUGCAGUUUUGGUGGUAAAAUAUUACACAGGCCAAGUGAUGGGAAACUUAGAUAUGUUGGUGGAGAGACACGUAUCAUUUCCAUGAGAAAGAAUCUUUCACUGGAAGAACUUAUGAAGAAAACUUUUGCAAUAUGUAAACGGCCUCACACAAUAAAGUACCAGCUUCCAGGGGAAGAUCUUGAUGCCCUUAUAUCAGUGUCUUCAGAUGAGGAUCUUUUGAAUAUGAUAGAGGAAUAUCACGGGCUUGAGAAGCUUGAUGGUUCUCAAAGACUCCGUGUGUUUUUGAUUCCCUUGGCUGAAUCUGAAAACUCAUGUACCAUAGAUGCCAGCACUAUCCAACAGAGUGACCCUGACUAUCAGUAUGUUGUUGCCAUCAAUGGUAUCACUGAGGCUGAUCAUAUACCACAUAAAAACUGUAUUGAGAAGCAUUUAGGUGAAGCAAGCCAUUUGGUUCCUAAUAUUAAUCAUUUGAGCAUUCAGAAUGAAUCUUCUCCUGUCAUGCAGCCUGGAGAACUAAAUGAUGGCCUUGAGCCAAAUAUUGCAUGGUUGAUGAGUGAAGCUCCAAGUAAAGUUAGGUUCCCUAAUCAAUCUACACCCUUUGUUCCUAUGCUUGUUCAACAGGGGCAUGAAAAGAGUGAAACUAUAAAGUCUCACAAUGGUAAAUUGUCACAUGGUACUGUUGAAGGUUUGACAUUAUUUGACAGCAAUCAAGUACUAUCUGAAAACUCUGACAAUGGUAGUGCUGCUUGUAUUUCUGGUCCCCAAGUAGCAGUAAAUUUUAUGGCUUUGCAGAAUACUUCUGGAAAAGUUGGUACUCUCCUGCCAAGUGAACAGAGUGAAUAUCUUAUGCUCCAUCACAAUCCCAGCAGGGAGUUUGUUGUUUCCUCUUUUGAACAUUAUAAUGGCAAUUUUGAAAGAUCAGGUCCCAGGGAGAUGGUGUUUUCUUCUGCAAAACUUGAUGUGCCAGUGCAUAUACCAGGAUCCAAUGAUUCUAUUGGUUCUUAUAAUGGGCUUGUGCAUUGCUUUUCUGAUUCCAAGCUUCAGGAACAUGGGAAUAGAUCUGCUUACAGCUCUCAAGAAUUAAUAAGUCCUCCUUUAAACUUAUCAAGCGCUCAAUUAUCUUCACAAGUAGUAUCUGCUGCUCUGCUAGAAAAGCCUGUUUUACUGCCGGAAAAUGCUGACUUUGCAAAUUCUCAGCUUCAUUUCAGGGUGCAGAAUGCGGAGUCCACUGUCCCCAAUGGUGCAGUGGAUUUACUAAAGUAUCCUUUUGUCUCAGAGCCAUUUGCCCAAGGUGAAUUUGUCCAAAGACAUGUCAGCGAUGCUGAUCUCAGGUGCAUCUCAGAAAAAGAAGAUUUGAAGAAGUGUCCUUCAGUGUUGGACAUUCAUGGGGAGGAAAAUCAUUCAAACUCUGUAAUGAUAAAUGGGCCUGACGUCAAUGGCCUUAAUGGAAAAGUUUCUCAGAGUACAUCAUUUGCAAUCCCUGUUGAUCCUACUAAAAACUUUUUGAAGAUCAGUUCUGAUCUAGUGACUAGUAUUGGAGGUGAGAAACCAGCAUAUGAAACGCUGAUCCCCAAGUCCAAUUUUCCUGAAUCUACAUCGAUAGAUUUGGAACCUUUAAUUUGUAGAAUGAACAAGCAACCCCAAAAUAAUCAAUUGGAGGAACUCUUAACUGAAAUGGAGAAGGAUGAACCUGAUUCAAAAACAGUCAACUUGGGAAUUGCAAGGACUACUCAAAGUUCUGGCAUGCUCCUUUCUGGUGCAGAUGGCCUAAUCGAUCUACUUUCUGAGUUGCCUAAUGGUCCAGUUGCUCAUGAUUGCCCAAUGCAACCACUUGUUGCAUGCACAAAUGACAAGGAUUUUGGAGAGACAUUGCUUAUAAGUUGUGGGGACGUGCAUCCACCUUCAAUCAUUGAUGAUAGAAACCUGAGCAUGACCUUACAUAGCUCUGCUUUGUUGAAGAAUCAUGUGGAUGCAAUUGCUAAUGGGAGAGAAGUUUCACUCCUAGAUGAUGAAUAUGCCAAUUUCACUGGUUAUGCUGAAAAGUCUACCCCCCUUAACAAGUGUCCUAAUGAAAAUGAUAAGAUAUUGGAUGGUUUGCUUUAUACAUGCUUCAAUGGAUGUCCGAAUUCCUUGGCCAAUGACAAAGAUUAUGUAUCACCAAUUGGUGAAUAUUCUCCUGCAAGUGUCCAUGGUGUAAGCGCAGUAGGUGAUCAAGUCUUGUCACCUGGUGCAAUAGAUGGGGAUGCAUUUGCUCAUGACAUGGGAUUUGGGGAUGGCAUCCAGAAUGAUGGAGAUGGAGAUAAGGGCGACUUGAUUACAGAUGCAAUGAUUGCUGAAUUUGAAGCAGAUUUAUUUGGCUUGCAGAUUAUAAAAAAUGCUGACCUUGAAGAAUUGCGGGAGUUAGGAGCUGGUACAUAUGGAACUGUUUACCAUGGAAAAUGGAGAGGAACAGAUGUUGCUAUCAAACGACUUAAGAAAGCAUGUUUUUCUGGGAGAUCAUCUGAGGAAAAACGUUUGAUUAAAGACUUCUGGAGAGAAGCUCAGAUCCUUUCAAAUCUUCAUCAUCCAAAUGUGGUUGCAUUUUAUGGAGUAGUACCAGAUGGGGCUGGGGGAACAUUAGCAACUGUGACUGAGUUCAUGGCAAAUGGGUCACUCAGGAGUGUCCUACAUAAAAAGGAUAGAUCACUUGAUUGGCGUAAGAAACUUCUAAUUGCCAUGGAUGCAGCUUUUGGUAUGGAGUAUUUGCACUUGAAGAACAUAGUCCAUUUUGAUCUGAAAUGUGACAACUUAUUAGUUAACCUAAGGGAUCCACAACGACCCAUAUGCAAGGUUGGUGACUUUGGACUAUCCAGAAUCAAGCGCAACACUCUAGUAUCUGGUGGUGUGCGAGGAACUCUUCCAUGGAUGGCACCAGAACUUUUAAAUGGUAACACUAACAAGGUGUCUGAAAAGGUAGAUGUCUUCUCUUUUGGCAUAACAAUGUGGGAAAUCUUGACUGGGGAAGAACCAUAUGCAAAAAUGCAUUGUGGGACAAUCAUUGGCGGAAUUCUAAAGAACACCCUUCGACCUCCCAUUCCAGAAAGGUGUGAUCCCGAGUGGAGGAAGCUAAUGGAACAGUGUUGGCAUGCCGACCCUGAAUCACGACCAUCCUUCACUGAGAUCACAGAUAGGCUAAGGUCUAUGUCUGCAGCUCUUGAGACUAUGAGAAAUGGCAAUUUAGUAAAACAGAUGAAGUCUGCCUGACAUUGCUGUGUGAUUCAAAUGAUCGAAUGCAUGUAUCUGCUAACAUCGGGUAAAAUGGUAGUCGGUGGAAUGCACUUCAAAAGCUGCUAUGAUAGGUGGAAGGGAAGUUUGCAGCACAAGUAAAAUAUUUAUAUAUAGUCUUUCUGUAAAUAGUGUUCUCUCAGAUAUAAUUAUUAGCUUCUUUGGCUUUUUUGUUUUGGCUUCAUUUUUUCAUUCUUUAGAAAAUAGAAAAAUGAACCCCUUUUUUUCAUGGUCAUGGUGCAAGGAACAAAGGAGCCUUUUGCUUAUCUGUUUGGGUCAGGAUGAGCAGUCUUGGACGAUAGGUGGAUGGUAUAUAUGUAUGUUUAUGUGUAUAUUGACGGAUUUUCAUUUUCUUCUGCCAAGGACACUUGGAUUAUCCUAAAAUUGUUGCUAAUAGUAAAAGUUUUUGGUGAAUGCUUUA